AGGGUGACGUGAGUGGGUGCACCCAGCCGGGGGGCACGGCAUCAGGGGGGCACAGGGUGGCACAGCAGUGAUGCUCACACCCCUCGGGAUGGUGCCUGCUGCCUACUGGGGAGCACCUGUGACCUGCCAGGGUGGUGCCUGUGACCCCCGUGGGUGAUGACUGUGACCUGCUGGGCAUGCUGGGCACUGGGAUGGGUCCCACCACCUGGCCACCACCACCAGGAUGGUGCCCAUGGCUCUCUGAGAUGGCACCUGUGAACUGUUAGGGUGGGUCCCACCAUCCUGCCUGGAUGGUGACUGUAAUCCAGUGGGACAGGUCCCACCACCUGCUGGAGUGGUGACCAUCACCCACCAGGAUGGUGGCUGUGAUGGUGGCCAUGAGCCCCCUGGGAUGGUGCCCAUGACACCCCUGGGAUGGUGACCAUGACACCCCUGGGAUGGUGCCCAUGACCAGGGUGUGUUCCACCACCUGCUGCAAUAGUGGACAGACCCCCUGUGCUGUUGGCCACGAUCUCCUGUGAUGGGGAUGGUGGCCAUGACCCAGCAGGACAGGUCCCACCACCUGUUGGUGUGGUGCCCAUCAUCCAUCAGGAUGGUGGCCAUGACCCCCUGGUUUGGUGACUGUGAUCCCCUGGGAUGGUGGCCAUGAUUCCCUGGGAUGGUGCCCAUGACCCCUGGGAUGGUGGCUGUGCCCCAUGGGAUGGUGUCUAUGACCCCUGGUUUGUGUCCCACCCUGCUGGGAUGGUGCCCAUGACUCUCUGGAAUGGUGGCUGUGAACCACUGGCAUGGUGGCCAUGACCCUCUGGGACGGUGGCCAUGCAGGACAGGAUGGUGUCUGUGACCCUCAGUUUGUGUCCCACCCUGCUGGGAUGGUGGUUGUGACUCCUUGGAAUGGUGCCCAUGACCCCCUGGGAUGGUACCUGUGACCCUCUGGGAUGGUGCCCAUGAACCACUGGGAUGGUGGCUGUGACUCCCGGGGACAGGGUCUGUGACCCCUGGUUUGUGUCCCACCCUGCUGGGAUGGUGGCCAUGAUUCCCUGAGAUGGUGGCUGUGACCCCUUGGGAUGGUGCCCAUGACCCCCUGGGACGGUCGCCAUGCAGGACAGUGUCUGUGACCCUCAGUUUGUGUCCCACCCUGCUGGGAUGGUGGCCAUGACCCUCUGGGAUGGUGCCCAUGACCCUCUGGGAUGGUGCCCAUGACUCCCUGGUUUGGUGGCUCUGAUCCCAUGGGAUGGUGGCUGUGACCCUCUGGGAUGGUGGCCAUAAACCACUGGGAUGAUGGCUGUGAGUCCCUGGUGCCAUGAUUCCCUGGGAUGGUGUCUGUGACCCCUGGUUUGUGUCCCACCCUGCUGGGAUGGCGUCUAUGACCCCCUGACAUAGUGGCCAUGACUCCCUGGGAUGGUGCCCAUUACUCCCUGGGACGGUGGCCAUGCAGGACAGCGUCUGUGACCCCCCAGUUUGUGUCCCACCCUGCUGGGACGAUGGCUGUGCCCUCUGGGGUGGUGACUGUCCCCCAUGCCCACGCCGUGUCCCUGUGCCGUGUCCCCAGAGGUGCUGCUGCGGGUGCAGGUGUUGGAGAGCGGCUCGCUGGCCCCGCUGCCGCAGGCGGCCCUGGACGUGUUCGGCGGCCGCUCGGCGCUGGCCGCGGGCAGCACGGACCAGGCGGGCUCGGCGGUGCUGCCCGUGCCCUACCGCCUGGGCUCCUGGCUGCUCGUCACCGCCGCCCGCCGCGGCUAUGUCACCGCCUCUGUGCCCUGGCGUGUCACCAAACUGCCACUCUACGCCUCCAUCAGCCUCUACCUGCUCCCGGAGCGCCCGGCCACGCUCAUCCUCUACGAGGACCUGGUCCAGAUCCUCCUGGGAUCCCCAGGUGGCCGUGGGCAGCCGUGGGCGCAGUUCCCCCGGCGGGCAGCCCGCCUGCCCCGCAGCUCCACCUACAGCCAGCUGGCCGCGUCCCUGACGGCCGCCUCCGGCCCCGGCCCGGCCCGCGCCUUCCCCGCCUUCCUCGGGGCCGAGCAGGACGGCAGCGGCAAUGGCACGUGGCUGGAGCUGGCGCCGGUGGCGGCUGUCAGCGUCCAUCUGUUCACCGGCAACGGGACCGAGGUGCCGCUGGCCGGCCCCGUCCAUCUGUCCGUCCCUCUGGGCCCCGACGCCGCCGCCGUGGUGGCCACCAGUGUGCCAGCCUGGAGGUUUGACCCCAAGAGCGGGCUGUGGGUCAGGAACGGGACGGGGCUGAUCCGCAAGGAGGGCCGGCAGCUGUACUGGACCUUUGUCUCCUCCCAGCUGGGAUACUGGGCAGCGGCUCUGCCCUCCCCCAGCACGGGGCUGGUGGCGAUGGCAGCGGGUGUGACAGACAUCACCACCUACCACACCAUCUUCCUCCUCACCAUCCUGGGUGCCCUGGCCCUGCUCGUCCUCAUCCUCCUCUGCCUCCUCAUCUACUACUGCAGGCGGCGCUGCCUGAAGCCGCGGGCUCAGCACCGCAAGCUGCCGCUGCCGGGCCCGCUGGACGCGGCGCGCCGGGACCAGGCCACCUCGGUGUCCCAGCUGGACCUCCUGUGCGGGGGCAGCCACCUGGAGACCGCCUCCUCGGGGGGCGACACCGACCUGCCCACGCCCAGCCUGGCCCCCUCCACCCGCGAGCUGCCCCCGGCCCGGCCGGACUUCUUCCAGCCGCCGGCCCCGGCCCCGCUCCGCGCAGGCCUCAGGCCCCCGGCGGCCACGCUGGGCCCGCGCCGCCGCCCGCCCGCCGCCCAUGAGGACUACGGGCGCUCCGGCGAAGCCUUCGGCCUCAGGGCCGCCCGCUCGGUGGACGGGCUGCAGCCGCCCGACGAGCACCCCCGGGGCACGGCCGCCUUCGGCCCGCGGCCGCCGUCGCCCUCGUUCUCCCGUUACGGGCCGCAGCCCGCCGAGCACCCGCUGCCCGAGCCGCCCCCGCGGCCGCCCUCGCUGGCCCCCCCCGGGCCGCUGCUGCUCUGCGGGCCGCUGGAGCGCGGCGGGGGCCCCGAGGAUGUUUACCGGGGGGUGAUGCCCACCCUGCUCAUCCCCGCCCGUUACAUGCGCCUGGCGCCCGGCGAGCCCGAGGGUCCCCCCGAAGCCGACGGGGGCCCCGGUUCGACGGCGACGACGGCCGCGCCCCCGCCCCCCCCCUCCUCCGGGCAGCCCUUCGAGGAAGGGGAAAACUGGGCCGGGGCUCGUGCCCCGCAACCGGUGAGCGGCUCGGUGGCCAUCCCGGUGCUGCUGGACGGGUCGGCGGUGGCCCAGCUCAACGGGGAGCUGCAGGCGCUGGCCGGGCAGCAGCUCCUGGAACUGGCGGGGCCGCCGCCGCCCAGAGCCUGGUUCGUGUCCCUGGACGGGCGCUCCUCGCAGGUUCGGCACUCCUACAUCGACCUGCAGGGCAGCGAGAGGGGCCCCGGUCCAGCUCCCCCUCCCCGCCUCCCCCGGGCCACCGGAGGCGGGGAGGAGGACGGGGGGCCCCGGCCCCCGCUGCCCGCAGCCUCCCCCGAGGACAGCUCGCUCGCCCCCUUGCUGGAAGCGGGCAGCGGGGGCCGGCGGGGCGGCGGCAGCGGCCGCAGCAGCGCCAGCGAAGCCCCCCGAGACUCCCUGACCAGCCCCGAGGAGGAGGCGCUGACCGAGGCGGGCGACGGGGCCGACGAGGGGGGCGACCGCAAGAGCCCCUGGCAGAAGCGGGAGGAGCGGCCUCUGAUGGUGUUCAAUGUCAAGACAGGGGGGGCUGGCACUGCCCCCCGAGCCAGCGGUGCCUCCAAGCUGCCAUAGGAGCCAGGGGGCCCCUGUACCCCCACCCUCAUCCCCCUUUGGAUUUUAACUCGUGUUUCUAAACGUUUUCUACGUGGUGAGGAUGAAGAGGGGUCAUUGGGGCCAGGCUGGCACAGAGGGGGGCCAUGGGGAUCCCCCUGGGUGCCAGGCUGGGCAGGGAGCUGCUGCCUGCACCUGCCUGCACGUCCUGCCUGCUCCUUAGAGGCAUUAAUAUAUUAAACACACAAAAUCCCCCCUG